AUGAACGCGAUAGUGGAAGCUUUUGCCUUCUUCCUGGGGUUUCUGGCCUGGCUGAUGGUCGGGGUCGCCCUUCCAAACCGAAACUGGAAGGUCUCCACAGUGGACGGUAACGUUAUCACCACAUCAACCAUCUAUGAAAACCUAUGGAUGUCCUGUGCAACUGACUCUACAGGAGUCCAUAACUGCCGGGAUUUUCCAUCUUUGCUCGCGCUUAAUGGGUACAUCCAGGCCUCCCGGGCACUCAUGAUUGCUGCCAUUGUGUUUGGGACGUUCGGGCUCGUGGCUACUCUCGUAGGAAUGCAAUGCUCAAAAAUAGGAGGCGAAAACUACGUGCUGAAGGGGCGGAUCGCCGCAAUCGGAGGAGUGUUCUUUUUACUACAGGGGAUUUGCACCAUGAUUGCCAUAUCUUGGUAUGCGGCCAACAUCACCCAGCAGUUCUUUGACCAGUUCUAUCCAGGGACAAAGUAUGAGAUUGGAGAGGGCUUGUAUAUCGGCUGGUCUUCGGCAGUACUUGCCAUUUGUGGAGGCUCGUGCCUGAUGUGUGCCUGCAAGCUCAAAACACCCAAUGAAAAAAUGCCGUAUCCAUACCAACCAUCCUCCAGAGGACACGUGCUGUCAACUGUGGCGACGUCUCAGUCUGUCCCAAGCAACUAUGGAAGAAACGCGUAUGUCUGA